UAGUUUGCUGCUGCUUGCAGCGUUGCUGUCCCUGACCUUAUGUGCCUGCACAUUUAAUGGAGCAUGGCCAGCCAUGCUUCUAGCAAAGUAACCUCUACUCCUCACCGCCCCCGCCCACUGUCUCCACUACUACCGUCCGCAGGCCCACAACCACCACGUCUUCCGCGUCAUGUUCGCGCGCAUGUUCGGCAACGCGGGCGUGCCCGACCAGAUCGAGGAGCUACUCAUGGACAUCUCCCGUACGGCAAAUACGGAUGAGGACGACGGCGGUUUGCUUGUCGUACAUCGCCCCAUCAUGUCGCCCGGCCGGGUGCCUACCUCGGAAGGCCAAACAACCGUCAGCGGUCGUGGUUCGGCAGAGGGCGCGAAUCCCUCCGUGCUGGUUCCCUGUCCCGCUGCGUUUGAGGAACCCGGGGACGGUGUGCCCCCAAUGGGUGUUGCGGAGUACGGGCUGGCCGCACUGACUGAGUCGUCGCUGCUCGCGUCACUGCCGACACUGCAUGCGUUACAACAUGCCGGGUCGUAUCUCGUCGCCAUUCAGGCGCGCGACAUCUUCGGCAUGCAGUUGCUGCCCACUCGCAACAUCUUUGUGCUCCGAGCGACGCGCGACAAGGUCGCCGCCGAACAUCAGGCGUACCUGGAUAGUCGGCGACGACCGACGACUGCGGCGAUCUCGGCACCAACCUCAAUCUCGGUCGGCGGUACGGUGUUCGAGUCGCGUCCUUUCCGAGCAGACGACUCCAUUGACCUCAUUACUUACCUCAACAUCCAAGAAGGCGUUCGCAACGAGGAAGUACACGACCUGCGCACCCGUACCUGCCAGCAGCUGGCGUACAUCAUUGCUGACGCAGCGGACGAAGCGUUACGCGCCGCGGCGGCGGCCGCCGCCGCUGCCGCCGUCGCCGCAUUCGAACGCGCCGGCGGCAAGCCGCGACAUCCCGGCGGCGGCAACUGGCGUCAGGGCAGCAACCCAUCCGGCAAUGGGCUACCAUGGACAUCCAAGCAGCCGGGAUCUGUGCUGUCGUACACGGGCGCUCGAGCGCAAGCAAUGGCGCAGCAGGCCGCGGCGCAGGCUGCCUUCGACCCGGUGCCGUUCUUCCGGCUGACGUCCACACUGAACGUCGCGCUGUUUUACUCGCUGAGGACGUGGCUGCUGAAGGAUCUCGAGACGUACGCCGCCGCAAUGGAGUUGUACGGCACCGGCGGUGUCGACAUUCACUUGUAUGAUGGUGUACCGCAGGAGGUUGGGCCCAACGGUAAGCCCCUCGUUGAGGCGCCAACGACCGCAACGGCUCCAGGGAGCGCGACGGCCGCAAAGGACGGCACUACCACCACCGACAGCAGCAGCACAACGGCUCCUGCAACAACAAACGUUGGCGGCUCUUUCUUCAAGCUUGGUACGCAGCAGCAGCAGCAAGGCAACAACGCCGGGGGGGCUAACAAGGGCCCUCCGCCCAUCUCCUCUUCGCCUCCGAUAUCGCACCGAGGUCACGGCUGCGCUCCGCUGUUCUGCGUGACGCUUGAGGUGGUGGAUGGGAAGGUCCGCUUCUCACCACCACUGGAGACUCUGUGCCAGCGCCUGGUGGAUUCCGUCACGCUAGCCCUGGAGGCCGUAAACACGCUACCCGGCCUAGAGAUCUCCCUGCGCCAAACCUACAAGGACGCCUACCCCGUCGCAGCGCAUGGAGCCGCGGGUACCGCCAUGGCCGCAGCAGCCAUGGCGGCGGCUGCGGCGUCCACCGCUGCGGCGGCGGCUGCCGCCGCCGCCGCCAACGGCGCCGCGGGUCCGGAGGCGGCUGCCGCUGCGGCUGCUGCGUUGCUGGUACCCUUCGAGGUGACUGCGACACUCAAGAUGCCGCCCAUCUUGGACGUCACCACGCCUGAGGUGGUGGCGGCGCUGCAGCGGAUACUGGACGCCGCCGAGAGCAGUCGGCGGCGCUGCGAGGCCCUGCUGAUGAGCUUCCAGGAGCACACCAGCCUGCUGGGCGCGGACACGGUGAUGCUGCGCUGCCGCCUGAGCAUCAGCCGCCGGGCGGCCAGCAUGGACGACUGGGUGGACAUGAUUGAGAAGUACAGCGCCCAAGAGGCCGCCAUCCGCAGCGGCAUGCCCUCCGAGGCCUGGCUGGGGCUGUUCCGGCUGGACUGCCGCGGGCUGAAGGACCACCUGGCCUCGCGCGCGCGGGAGCUGCGGGACCAGAUCCUGCACUGGCUGCAGGCGGAUGCGGCGGACGCGGCCAAUACCACUCUGCUGCGGCUCAAGGAGCCCGCCGACGUGCUUGCCGCGGGUGCGGUGGACCUGGCUGCGCUGCACACGGUUCGCGAGCUGCUGCCCCGCGUGACGGCCAUGGUGGGCGAGGUGCAACCCUACCUGGCCACCAUGCGGGUCAACUCCGCCAUCAUGAACAAGUUCAAACACCCGCUCCCCGAUGAGGAGUUCGGUGACAUCUGGACGGCGCUCCGGCUGCCGGUGAUCGCGCAGGAGCUGGCAACGGAGCGGCUGAUCCACAUGCGGGAGGACGAGGAGAGGUGCCUGGACCUGCUCAAGAGGGACCUGCACGCCUUCUGCGAGCACGUUGCGUCGCUGCGGCGGCGGGUGGCGGAGCGGCAGCGGCUGGCGGACGAGAACAAUGUGGACCGAUACGUGGAGCAGUGCGUGGAGCUGGACGCCGACCUUAUUUCCGCCAUCGAGCGCUCCCAGGCCCUCAACCGCAUGGAGCUGCUGGCGGGCUGGGAGCACACCAACUUCGAGACGCUGCCGGCGCUGAGGAGGCAGCUGCAGCCGUACGCGGACCUGUGGCGGCUGGUCCAGGGCUUCCGCGAGCAGUACCAGACCUGGAUGUACUCACCGCUCUUCGCGUUCGACCUGGACGUGCUGGAGACGCGCGUGCCGGGCUGGGCACGGCUGGUGGCCAAGCUAGACCGGGAGCUCAAGGGGCCACCGCAUGCUGUCGCCCGCAAGUACCACAAGCGGAUCAGCGACUUCGAGGCCUUCGUGCCGCUCAUCCGCGCCAUGCGCACCAACGGACUGAGGCAACGGCACUGGGCGCGGCUGUUCGAGGAGGUGCAGGCCCUGUCCAAGGUGGAUCGAGACAUCUGGACGCUGCACUCGCUGCUGGCCCUGCGGGUGCACGAGCACAUGGCGCUGGUGCGCGACCUGGCGGACAUGGCGGCGAGGGAGCUGACCAUCGAACAGAGCCUGGACAAGAUUGACGCGGGAUUCCACGCGCUCAUGCUGGCUCUGGCGCCCGUGCCGGAGAGCGGGUAUGCGGACGUGGUGACCCUGAUCAACGGCGAGGACCUGCUUCGCUUCAUCGACGACGCGCAGCUGCGGGUGCGGGGGCUGUCCACCUCCUUCUACGUGGGCCCCCACCGCGACUCGGUGGCGGCCUGGGACGAGAUGCUGAGCAGCGUGCGCGCCAUCCUGGAUGCGUGGCUGGAGGUGCAGAACAGGUGGAACCACAUCGCACCGCUGUUCGGGGCGCAGGCGUUCCAUGAGCAGCUGCCGGAAGAGGGCGUUCGCUUCGAGGAGGUCACCAUCGAGUGGCGCGCCUGCCAGUCCGUGGUAAAGCGGCACUGCAAGGUGUCGGAGCUGACCCGCCACACUAACCUGGCCUCGCAGCUGCGAGCCAUGUCAGCCAAGCUGGAGGGGGUGGCGCGGGGCGUGAUGGAGUACCUUGACGUGAAGCGCGCGGGCUUCCCGCGGUUCUACUUCCUGGGUAAUCUGGAGAUGGUGGAGAUGAUGGUGGGCUCCCACGACCCCGCCGCCCUGGAGGCCUUCCUGCCCAAGUGCUUCCCCGGGGUACGCAAGGUGGGCUGCGUGAAGGUGGCCUCGCCCUCCAACCACAAACCCAACACCGGCGCCUCGGGGUCCGUGGACAGCCUGCGCUCCGGCUCCGCCACCCCCGCCUCCUCCGCCUCGCCGCCCGGCACCGCUUUCUACCCGGGGCGGCACCCGGGGGCACACACGCCCGAGCCGCCGGGGGGUCUGGCGGGCUUGGCGGCGUUCCUGCCUGGGUUCGGGCUGUCGGCGGCGGCGGCUGCGGGCAUGAACUCGCCGACGCGGGUGUGGGGAGGGCCGCGGAUUGAGUCGCUGAUUUCGAAUGAGGGGGAGGUGCUGGCGCUGCGGACGAUUGUGGAUCUGCAGGACCCCCGCACCGGCAAGCGCUGCGACGUGGAGUACUGGAUGAGCGAGCUGGAGCGGCAGAUGCGCGGCAGCCUGCGGGAGACGCUGCGGUUCGCGCUGGAGGCGGCGGGGCUGCAGACCUUCGCCGCCUGGCUGCUGGCGUGGCCCGCGCAGUGCCUGCUGGCGUGCACCAGCAUCAACUGGUGCCGCGACAUUCACGAUAUAUACCAGGCUGGCGCCCCCUUCUCCACCCCCCUCCGCCGGCUUGAGGACAUGCACCGCUCCCAGAUCCACACGGUGGUGGACCUGCUGCUGGGGGGGACCCUGAGCCCCGUGCAGCGGGGGCUCAUGGAGAACAUGAUCAUAACAAAGGUGUACCACAACGAGGUGACCGCCCGUCUGCGAGAGCGGCGGCUGGACAGCGACAACGACUUCGAGUGGAUCAAGGUGCUGCGCUUCUAUCUGGAGGGUGCGGACUGCAUCGCCCGCUGCGGCUACACCACCUACCCCUACGGCUAUGAGUACCUGGGCAACAGCCCGCGACUGGUCAUCACGCCCCUCACCGAGCGAGCCUUCUCAUCCAUGAUGGCGGCGGUGCACCUGCACUAUGGGGGCGCGCCGGAGGGGCCGGCGGGCACCGGCAAGACGGAGACGGUGAAGGAGCUGGCCAAGUGUCUGGGCAAGCAGUGUGUAGUGUUCAACACCACAGAGCAGCUGGAGAGCGGACACCUCACUCGGCUGCUCAUGGGGAUCAUAUCCACGGGCGCGUGGGCCUGCUUCGAUGAGUUCAAUCGCAUGGACAUGGAGGUGUUGUCCGUGGUGGCGAAGCAGAUCAUGGUCAUACAGACCGCCCUGGCUGCGGGGCAGCGCUACACGGUGUUCGAGGGACGCACCAUGUACAUCAACAACUCCCUCGCCAUGUUCGUCACAAUGAACCCCAUGUACGAACACAGAUCCGUACUGCCAUCAAACCUAAAGGCCCUCUUCCGCCCUGUCGCCAUGAUGGUCCCCGACUACACCAUGAUCGCGGAGGUGUCGCUAUACGCGGCGGGGUUCCAGACGGCGCAGCUGCUGGCGACAAAGCUGGUGUCGUGCCUCAAGAUCGCGGGCGACCGCCUAUCCGCCCAGCGCCACUACGACUUCCAAAUGCGCACCCUCAAGUCCGUUCUCCUCAUUGCCGCCCAGCUACGAAGCGAACGAGCCCUGGAGGCCCUCGCAGCCAAGGCGGCAGCGGCAGCCGCCGCCGCCGCCGCCGCGGCAGCGGCUGCUGCUGCUGCCCAGCAACAACAACAACAGCAACAACAACAACUCAUCUCCCCUGCCCGGUCACCCUCCCCACAACCCGUGAGCCUCACCAAUGUGGCUGCAUGGGUGGACGCCGUACCUCGAUCACCCUCACCCCCGCCGCUGCCGCCGCCGCCGCCACCUCCGCCGCCGCCGCCGGCUCCGCAUGUCAGCGCCAGCGGUCGCGUCGCCAAGGAGGCUGUGGGGCGGCUGAGCGAGCAGGAGGAGGCGGCGCUGUGCAAGGUGGCGCUGCUGCGGUGCAACAUGAGCAAGCUGCAGCAGGAUGAUGUGGCCAUCUUCACCAGCAUGGUGGAGAGGGAGUUCCCGCAGGGAGUCCCCAUGGACCCGCUGCACGCCACCAUCGAGCGCUACCUGCACGACGCAGCGGAGGCCUGCGGCAAGAAGGCCACCCCCGAGCUCAUCCUGCGCGCACUGCAGCUGCACGACAUGCUGUCUAUCCGCACCGGCAUCAUGCUGCUGGGCCCCGCGGCGUGCGGCAAGACCACCAUGUGGGCGCUGCUGCAGCGCGCGCUGAGCCGCGUGGAUGAGGAGGCGGGGGUGGGGCCGGUCACGGUGCAUGAGAUAUUCCCAAAGGCCGUACACCCCAGCCACCUGUACGGCUCCUACAACACCGCCCACCAGCACUGGAUCGACGGUGUGCUCACCGCAGCGCUGCGGGUGGCCUGCAGCCGCAGCACGGGGGGGGGCCGCGCCUGGCUCAUCCUGGACGGUCCAGUGGACACUCGCUGGGUGGAGGCGCUGAACCCCGUGCUGGACGACAACCGCACGCUGUGUCUGAGCAGCGGCGAGAUGAUGCCGCUGCGGGAGGGGGUGAGCUUGCUGCUAGAGACGGACUCCAUCACGCACGCCUCCCCCGCCACUGUCAGCCGUUGCGGCGUGGUGUACAUGUCGCCGCCCGCGGACCUGUGGCGGUCGGUGCUGGAGUGCUGGCUGGAGAGGCUGACUCCCCCCGUGUCCGAGCACGUUGGCAAGAUCCGCGCCACGCUGUGCUCCGUGUUCCCCGACCUGCUGCGCGCCUACACGGACAGCGCGGAGGUGGACGCGUGGGCGCCGCGGCACCAGCCCACCACCAUCAUGGUGGGGGUGCUGCGGCUCAUGGAGGCGCUGCUAACACAGUUCUGCCAGCCCCGCAGCUCCGACAGCGGCGACCGCCCGCUGCAGGCGCGGCUGGAGGCUGCCAUCCUGUUCUCCACCGCCUGGGCCUUCGAGCCCUCGCUGCACCAGAAGAGCCGGCCCUUCUUCAACAUCCUGCUCAGACAGCUGAGCGCCCGCAGCAUCACCUACGACGCGGAGCGCGGCGGUGUGACGGUGGAGACUCGGUCCAUGGGCUUCCACAUCAGCCUGCCCACGGAGGGCAGCGUGUUCGACUACAUGUUCGACUUCGCAUCGCUCAAGUGGAUCAGCUGGCAGGACCACCUGCGCAUGCUGUCCGACUGGACCCGCCUCUCCGUCACCCCCGGCACCUUCAUCCCCUUUGGCUUCCGCAGCCUGGUGCAGAGCAACGGACCCAGCGGCACGCAGGCGGGCGGCAGCGGCAGCAGCAAGGCGUUCAUACUCACAGCGGACAACCUGCCAGCCAUCUACCUGCUGCGCGCGCUCAUCACACACAAGUGCAACAUACUGGUGUCGGGACCCACGGGUGUGGGCAAGACCUCCCUCCUCAACGCCCUGCUCUACAGCGCCAAGGACUGGAUGGCCAAGACCACAGCCGGCAGCGAGGACGACGAGGACGCGGUGCGGGAGAGCCCCUCACUUGGCGGCCCGGAGGAGGAGGAGAAGGAGGGGUCCACGGCUGCUGCGGCUGCUGCGGCCGCGGCGGUGGCGGCGGCUGCCUCCGUGGCGGCGGUCGUGGGCCCAAUGGAGGAGCCCGAGGGGGGCAGUCGGCUGGGAGAGGGCGAGUCAUACACCGACGAGGCCCCCUCCGCAAUGAGCCAGGCGGACGAGCUGCCCACCGCCCCGGGCAGCGCGCAGGGCGGCAAGCCCGGCUCCGCGCUGUCUGGCGAGUCCGUCAGUCCGCUAGACGUGCUGUACCUCACUCUGAGCAGCCAGAGCUCCGCACGCGGCAUCAAGCGCAUGUUGGAGGGGUUGCUGACGCGGCGGCGGCGCAUGGUGCUGGGGCCGCCGGUGGGCAAGACGGCGAUACUGUGGGUGGACGAUGUGAAUGCGGCGGGGCGGGAUGCCUUCGACACGCAGGCCGCCCUGGAGGUGCUGCGCCACUGGACCAUCAGCAGCAGCUGGCACGAGGAAGACAGCACUCGCAACAAGGAGGUGGUGGAGACCUGCCUGCUCGCCUCGCUCACAACGGCAGCGCACUCAAAACCCUGCCCUCGCCGCUUCCUGUCCCAGCUGAUGAUGGUGGCUCUUCCUCCCAUCAGCCACAGCGGCUUCCACUCCAUCUUCACCGACAUGGUUAAGAAGAGCAUGACGGCAAACACAACACUGCCUAAUGCACUGGUUGAUGUGCUGGUUGAAGCCACACUCGACCUCUACCGAAAGGUGGUGUCGGAGCUGCUGCCCUCGCCCACCAAGCCCCACUACGUCUUCUCCAUCCUGCACGUGGCGCAGGUGUUCCAAUCCAUCUUCCACGCCACCCGCGCCAGCCGCUCCACGCCCGAGCAGAUGGUGCGUGUGUGGCAGCACGAGGUCCUGCGCGUGUUCUAUGACCGCCUGCUGGAGCCGGCGGCACGGAAGUGGAUGGUGGAGACGGUGCAGGAGGUGAGCAACCACUUCCUGUCCGCCUACGGCCCGCUGGUCCCGCCCGACCCCACGGAGAUACUGCUGUGCACCUUCGCCACCACCGCGGGGGGCUACGAGCUGGCGGAGCACGUGCUGCGCAAGGCGGACAACGACAGCACGGCGGCGGACAACUGUCUGGAGGGGGAGAGCUCCGGGGAGACGGCGGGGGGCGGCGGGGGGUUGAGCGCUGAGCCCAGCGGUGUGACGUUUGGGGGGAGCAGCAGCGGCGGAGCGGGGAGGAGCGGGGAGGGGGGUGAGGAGGGAGGUGGUGGUGGAGGAGGAGGAGGUGGGAGGAGCGGAGGAGGUGCGAGUAGCACGACGGGUGGAGGUGGGAAGGGAGGGCAUAAACGGGGGAAGGGCAAGGACCGGGAUAGAGAUCGGGACCGGGAUAAGGACCGAGAGGGGGAAAAGGAGAAGGAAGGAGCAAGCGAGGGUGGCGCGGAGGGGGCCCCGGCCACAUCCGCUACCGACGUCACCGUUAUCAAGGGACGCGGGUUGGUCGUCACGGGGCCGGGCGGCAUCUCCGUCAAGGUGAACACCUCCGCCGCCGCGGCAGCAGCGGCGGCGGCCGCCGCCGCCGCCUCCUCCCGCGCCGCGGUGCUCCCCCCCAGCGUCGUCCUCGCCGCCUCCACGGUGCUUCCCCAGAUGUCGGGUGACAGGGCUCUGGAGCGGCUGUACGCGCUGGGUCCAUGGGUUGACGACGGUCGGCCGCUGCGGACGGUUGUGGAGGAGCGGCUGCUGCUGGUGGCGCAGGAGUUCGCGGACCAGCUGUUCGGCGGGCGGGGGCCGGUGCAGGAGAGCAUCUUCGUGUUCCGCAAUGCGCUGAUGCACCUGGCGCGCAUCUCAAGGGUGCUGUCGAUGGACCAGGGCCACCUAAUGCUGCUGGGCCCCCCCGGCUGCGGCCGCCGCACACUGGCCCGCCUGGCUGCCUUCAUGUGCCGCUGCACGCUGCUGGAGGCCAAGCUGAAGGACGAGCAGAAGGGGUUCGCGUGGCGAGACAUGAUCAAGAGCGCGCUGCUGUCGGCGGGCGUGCAGGGCAGGCCCGUGUGCGUCCUCCUAGUGGACCUGGGCCGCCCCUGCUCGCGCAUGUUGGACGACGUGGACCAGCUCAUGAGCACCGGCUCGCUGCCCGACCUGUUCAAACCCGAGGAGGUGGCGGCGGUGACGCAGCAGCUGAAGCCCAUGGCGCGGGCGGCGGGGUUGACGUGGACGGACUUUGACCGCAGCGGAGGCACCAGCGACAACGUGUUGCGCCAGUUCUUCCUGGAGCGCUGCCGGGCCAACCUGCACUUCACGCUGGUGCUGGAGGCGGAGCCGGCGGUGCUGCAGCGCAAGGUGGUGGCCUUCCCCAAGCUCUUCCAGGCGGUGGCGGUCAACACAGUGGACGAGUGGGACAGGGACGCGCGCAUGCAUGUGGCCGAGCGCUUCCUGGUGUCCCCCGAGGCGCUUGCGGUGGACCCCGAGGCGUGGGGCCGCGUGCUGCGGUGCGCGGUGGACAUGCACGGCGCGCUGAAGCCGCAUGUGGCCCGGCACAACAGCAAGGCGGGCUACAACACCUCCUUCAUGGCCACCGCGGUGCAGUUCCUCAGGCUGCUGCGGCUGCUCAAGUCCAUGGUCCCCCACCGGCGCCAGGUGGUGUCCACGGCGCGUCACAAGUACCUACGGGGAGUGGCCAAGAUGACGGACAUGCAGGACAAGCUGAGCGCGCUGAGGGGGCAGAUCGCGUCAAUGGGUCCCGAACUGGAGCGCAGUCGCGCCGAGGUGCUCGCCCUGAUGGACCUCAUCGGGCGGCAGAAGGCGGAGGCGGAGGCGGCGCUGCAGCACUUCCUGCCCGCAGAGGCCUCCGCGCAGGCGGCGGUGGCGGAGUGCGAGGCGCUGAGAGCGGCGUGCGAUGCGGCGCUGCGGGACGUGAUGCCGCCGCUGCAGGCGGCGCUGAGGGAGCUGAGGCGGAUCGACAAGGGCUCGAUUGCGGAGCUGAAGGUGAUGAGGAGUCCUCCCGUGGGUGUGAAGCUGGUCAUGCGCUGCAUUUGCAUCAUGCUCGGCCGCAUUCCCCCCCUGGUAGCUGCCCUGGAGGCCCGCGCCGCUCUGCGCCCCUCCUCGCCCUCACGCCUCUUUUCCACCUCCUCUCCCGGCGCCCCCGGCGGUAGCAGCAGCUACCCCUCCUCCCCCGGCGUCUCCUUCACCGCACUCGUCCGCCGCACCGCCUCCAACCCCGGCACUGGCCCCCCACCCUCCCUCGACCCCAACGACCCCAUGAACCCCGCCCACCCCCACCACCGCGCCGUCGCCAUGGCCUACAACGCCAUCUACGCCCUGAACAACCCCGAAGCGGAGGACCCAUCGGUGUCUGAAGCCUGGUGGUCGGAAUCCAUCAAACUUCUGGCGGAUUUCCACUUCCUGGAUAUGCUGCUGGGGUACGACAAGGACGCCAUGACGCCCCAAGUCGCGGCGCAGAUUGAGGUGUUUGUGACGAAUCCCAUGUUUGACCCGGUUGCGAUGGAGCGGACGAGCAAGGCGGCCGCGGCGAUCUGCAAGUGGGUCAAGGCAAUGGACAUGUUCCAAAAGGGCCGGAAGCUUGUCGACCCCCGCCGCGCCGCCCUGAUGGAAAGCGAGGACCGGCUGCUGGCGCAGCAGGGGCGGCUGCAGGAGAACCACCGCAAGCUGACGGCCAUGCAGCAACGCAUUGCGGAGCUGGAGGGCAAGCUGCAGCAGGCUCAGGCCUCCCGCGACCGCCUUGACGCCGACAUGGCGGUGGCUCAGCGGAAGAGCGAGCAGGCGCAGCUGACCAUAGCGGCGGUGGUGCGGGAGGUGGGUCGCUGGCAGAACAACGCGGAGGUGCAGGACAAGCGGCAUGCGGAGGUGCUGGGGGAGGUGCUGCUGUCGGCGGCGCACAUCGCGUACCUGGGGCCGGUGACGGGGACCAUCCGGGUGCAUGUGGAGGAUGACUGGCAGGACCUGCUCCGCCUGGCCGGUGUGGUGGCCCCCCGCCCCUUCAAGCUGGCGGACGUGCUGGCCUCGCAGGCGCAACAAGACACAUGGCGCGACUCCGACCUGCCGCACAGUCGUACCGCGGUGGAGAACGCGGGCAUCAUGGCGGCGUGCGGGGGCUGGGUGCUGCUGCAUGACCCGCAGGAGCUGGGCUACCGCUUCAUCAAGGGCUUCUACGGCGGCGACGUGUGGCUGCAGGGCAUUGGCGGUCGGCCCGUGGUCACCUUCGUGGUGCUGGACCAGUCGGACCCCGGAUACAAUGAGCAGCUGUUCAAGGCCAUCGAGAUGGGCGCCACAGUGCUGCUUGAGAACUUUGACGACGACAUGGACGACCUCACCGAGCAGCUGCUGGCGUGCAGGCUGGUGGGCGACACGCGGGGGGCGGUGGCCAUACGGCUGGGGGACAACCUAAUACCCUACCACAAGGACUUCCAGCUCUUCGUGACCACCCGCCUCCGAGCUCCCCGCUUCCCAGCUGACAUGUUGCGCCACGUCACCGUGGUCAACUUCUCCAUCACUCGCGGCCAGCUGUGCGAGCUGCUCAUCACCGCCACCCUGCGCCACGAGAUGCCGGAGCUGGAGCAGGAACACCUGGUCCUCACGCGGCAGAAGGCCAAGGGCGAGGCGGACCUGGUGCAGCUGGAAAACACGGUGCUGCAGGCCAUCACCGCCACCAGCACUGAGGAGCUGCUGGAGGAGAGCCAGGUGUACCAGCUGCUGCGAACACUGCAGGAGUCCACGGACGCCAUCAAGGCCAAGGUGGCCCGCAUAGAGGCCUCACAAAAGGCAAUCAACGCGGUGCGCGCCGACACCGAAAAGUAUUUCGUCGCUCGCGUGGUUCCCUUCUUCUUCUGCCUGGCCGACCUGGCCAACGUACGGCACACCUACCAGUUCGGACUGCACUGGUUCAUGCGCCUGUUCAACGACGCGCUGGUGACGUGCCUGAAGAACAACACCGGCAAGGCGAGGCUGGCGAGUCUGACCAUGCACUUUACCACCAUGUUCUACGCGAAUGUGAGUCGCUCGCUGUUUGACGAGGACAAGCUGCCCUUCGCGGUGAUGAUGAUGGUGCGGUUCUUGGAGGCCAGCGGCUACGUGACCAAGGACGAGGCCAACCUGCUGCUAUACGGCCGCGCCACCGACAGCACCUACACCGCCAAACCCACCUUCAUGCGCCUCGCCUCGGGCCGGGCGGGCCUGGGUCGCCUGGCCGGCCACCAGCGCUCCCGCAACGGCUCCGCGCACACCCCGCAGCGGCUCCGCGCCCAUAGCACCCGCUCGCUGCGACACCACAGCAUCACCGCGAUGAGCCGCGGCGCCACCGCGUCUGGAGCCCCCAUGAUACCCCUGUUCCCGAUUCCGGGAUCUGCUGCAGCGACGGGUGCGGGUGUGGAGGGCAACAGCGGCAGCGGCGGCACCAGCAUGGGCGGCGGGGCGACCACCGCUGGGUCCUCAGCAGGCGGGGCGCUGGAGCCGACGGCGUCGCAGCUGGUGAUUGAGGGGUUCGAUUCCGCGGCGGCGGCGGUGGCGGCGGUGGCGGCAGCGGGGGGCGGCCUGCCGGGUGGUGUUCUGCCGGGGGGUAUGAUGGCGGGGGCUGUGUUGGAGCCCUACCAGCUGCACGCGGCCAUGGGCGCCGUGACGCCGGACUCGCCCGGCGAGUCGCUGUACCACCCGCCACGGCGGGGAACACGGAGCGGCCGACAGCAGCCGCAACAGGAGGAACAGGAGCAGGGACAACAGGAGCAGCAGGAACAUCAACCCAGGGAGGGCUCCUCUUCUGUAGAGCCUUUCAAGGAGCAGGAGGGCUUGGCCGCGGCCCGAGCGGCCCUCUCCGCUGCCGACGGGAGCGCGGAAGCCCGGCCGGAGACGCCGGAUAACGGCGUUGGAGACCCCUUCAACGGGCUCUUCAAGCGCCGUGGCGGCAGCAAGGCGGCUGCUGCUGGCCUAGCCGGCGGCAGCUCCCCGACUGCUCUCCCCAGCUCACCCAGCCGCCUCUCCCAAGCCAGCAAAGGCACCGCCACUGCCGCCGCUACCUCCUCCUCCACCACCGCCGCCGCCGCCACCAUCCAGCUCUUCCCCGUCCGAUCCCCCUCCCACUCCACCACCACCAUCGGCGCCGUGGCGGACCCGCUGCUUCCCUUCCUCUCCGAGCAGCGCUCCCGGCGGCUGUCGGGGCUGCUGCCCUCGCUGCUGUCCAACGACGCCGGCGCGCCCGCCUACCUGCCCGAGGAGCUGCGGCCCGACUGGAUGCCGGAUGACAGCUGGUCGCGACUGCGGGACCUGGGCAAACUGCAACCGUACAACCGGGUGCUUCCUGCACUGCUGGAGGAUGAGGAGGGGUCGGAGGCGAUGCGGCAGUACUGGGAGGCGCUGGCGAGCCUGGAGAGUCCCUUCCAGGUCCGCGACCCCGCCGCGCCCGACCCGCUCGACCCGCCCCACCCGCGCCUCCGCGAGCUCAACACCUUCCAGCGGCUGCUGCUGGUGCGCUGCCUGCAGCCCCGCGGCUUCGUGCCGCAGGCGCAAGCAGCCGUGCGGGAGUACCUGGGCCCCGCAUGCGUGGCAAAUGAGCAGCUGGUGGAUUUCGAAGCCAUCUUUGCGGUGACGGAGGCCACCAUGCCCAUCGUGCUGAUCAGUUCCACCGACCACACGCUGCCCUUCCUGCAGCAGUUCGCGGACAGUCGGGGGAUCAGUGUGAUGCACAUGGCCAUAGGGCGCGGGCAGGGGGCGGCCACGGACCGACUGAUUCGAGCGGCAGUGUCUCUGGACCGCUGGGUCAUCCUGGAGAACAGCCACCUGGCGGGCGACUGGAUGCCCAGCCUGUGCCGCCUGGUGCAGGCGCUGCCGCUGCUCAAGCCGCACACCAACUUCCGCCUCUGGCUCACCACCGUGCCCACCUCCGCCUACCCAGACAUCAUCCUGCAGUCCUCGCUGAAGCUCGUGAUGGACCCCCCGCACGGCAUCAAGGGCAACCUCAUCCAGGUCAUGUCACAGCUGCCCGUGGAGGUAGCCAGCAACAGUCGCUACGCGCAACAGUCGCUGCCCAGCUACGGAGCGGAACGAGACCCGGCUGCUGGAACGGGGGAGCCCAAGGACGACGUCAUCGGUCGCAAGGUCACGAUUCUUCCGCCGGAAUGGAAGCAGCUGGUGUUGCGGCUGUGUCUCUUCCACGCGCUGCUGACCGAGCGGUUGCAGUACAGGGCGUUGGGGUGGCGGCGGCCGUACGAAUUCACGGCGGCGGACAUGCUGAGCGCGAUCAACCAGAUCAUGUCCAUCGUGCACACGCAGCCCUGUGUGGAUAUUGAGAGCACGCUGCCGGGGUUGCUGCAUGUGGUGGGGCAGUGCUUGUACGGCGGGAAGGUGACGCAUGAUUGGGACCGGCGGCUGCUGGUGUGCCUUCUGAGUCAGCAGUUGCUGCCGUACGAGGGAUCCGCGGCGACCACUGUGGAAAGCCUGCUUCCCGAGCGCCUGGCCAGCUGCACCUGCGACCUCUCCACUGUCUCCAAGGAGCUCCGAAACCUGGCCAUUCCGCGCGAGGACCCCCGACUGGUUGGCCUCUCCGCCGGCGCCGCCUCGGUCCGCUCCUCGCAAUACACACGGCACGUGCUGGACACCCUCAAACGCGUCCAGCUGCUGCGUUCCACCGACGAGGCCGACCUCACCAAACCCCUGCAGCUGGCGUUGUCAGUGUGUCAGGACCUGUUGAAGCAGCUGCCCAUGCACCCCCUGCCGCAAACACGCAGCGCCUGGGCUGCGCUGGUGUGUCCCGGGUCGGCUGGCGGGCGGGCG